AUGGAUCCUACUCCAGCCUCAGAGAACAAUCCUGUUGACGUCGAUAAUCAGACUGGUGAUGUGAAACCAUCGGUGUCGGCCACGGUUUAUGGAAUUCACUCUAUGGAAGUGAUCCCACCAGAGAUCAGUAAAGGAACUAAUGUAUUUGCACUUCCCGAAGUUGCUGAACUCGGCCAAUCCGCAGAUACGAUAGUAGUUGAGGGUGAUGGUGAUCCAACGGAUAUUCAGAAUGUUCUCAGCGAAGUUAUAUCUUUACGGCAUGCCAAACAAAAUAUUGAAGAAGAACUGCUUGAUGUCAAAGAGAAGUGUAAGGAGCUUUCCGCUAGAAAUAGUGAAUUACAGUCUCAAAUUGCGAGCAGCAUAGAAGAUCUGAAUGAAAGAUCUCGACUAUACCGCCAGUUGGAGUCUUCUCGAAAUGAUUUGGCUAGAACAAAGAUGGAUCUAGAUUGCGACAUUGAAAGACUGAAACAUGAGAAAGAAGAACGAGAUAACGCUAUUCGUACACUAACGAAGGAGAAGCAGCUAAUUGCA